AUGGCCUCCCCAAAGCCGGCUCCCAGCAGCGAGUUAUCGAAGAAUCUGAACCCUUCGCACAUUCUCACCGAGCCUAGCAAGACACCUCUUAGAGAUGAAGGCCAGAAGGAAGCCAAUCAAAUUGUGGCUGAGGCGCCGACAGCGUACAAGAAGGAUCUACGCUUCUGGGCUAUCUUGUUCGCACUAUGCAUCACUUCUCUGCUCGCUUCCCUGGAGACCACGGUAGUCGUGACGUCGUUGCCGACCAUCGUUGAGCGCUUGGAGUUUGGGAGCAGCUAUGUCUGGGUUGGCAACAUCUUCUUUCUCACUAGAUACCUCACGCUAUUCAUUGUAGCAAUCUACACUUUCGGUAGCGGAAUCUGCGGCGGCGCUAAUAGCCCAACGAUGCUCAUCGCUGGGCGCGCUGUGCAAGGGAUGGGAAGCGGUGGCAUUAACAUGAUCAUAGACAUCAUCAUCUCCGACCUCGUCCCACUCAGGGAUAGAGGUAACUAUAUCGCCAUCGUCCUAACGAUCUACGGGGUCGGCAUGGCAAUCGGACCAUUCGUGGGAGGCAUCAUCGUGCAAACCACUUCAUGGCGAUGGGUGUUCUACAUCAAUCUCCCAGUUGGCGGCCUCUCACUCGUUCUUCUCUACCUUUUUCUCCACGUCAAAUGGAAUUGGACCGCCACCUUCAAGGAAAAACUCCACAGGAUCGACUAUAUCGGUAACUCGAUGCUCAUCGCAUCUACAGUCUCCGUCCUCAUAGCCCUCACCUGGGCCGGCGCAAUCCACCCUUGGUCCUCCUACCGCGUCAUAGUCCCUCUCAUCCUCGGAAUUAUAGGUCUCGCUGCCUUCUGCAUCUUUGAGGGAUCAGGCCUUGUCCCCGAACCGGUGAUGCCCCUGCGCCUCUUCGCGAAUCGAACCUCCGCCAUUGUCUACGCAACCACCUUCCUCAAUUCUGCGAUUCUGUACUGGGCAUUUUUCUUCCUUCCCCUCUACUUCCAGGCCAUCAAGCUUUCGACCCCAGCUCGCUCGGGGGUUCAAUUACUCCCCGUGACCUUGAUCUCCAUCCCGGGCGCCGCCAUCUCCGCCGUCGUCCUCGCACGAUGGGGACGCUAUAAAGCCCUCCACAUCGCAGGCUUCGCCCUCAUGACCCUGGGUCUCGGCAUCUGGACCGUUCUGAACAGGAACAGUAGUACGGCAGCCUGGGUACUCGUACAAGUCGUUCCCGCCGUGGGUUCAGGCAUGCUCCUCAACACUCUGCUCCCAGCCUUUCAGGCAGGCCUUGCGGAAGCAGAUCAAGCUGCCGCGACGGCAAGCUGGUCUUUUAUUCGCAGUUUCGGGAGUAUCUGGGGCGUAGCUAUUCCCGCGGCCAUCUUCAACACGUAUACAUCGUCGUAUGCCGCGCAGAAGAUUGAUGACGAUACGGCUCGGGGUGUCUUACAGCACGGGGAUGCGUAUGCCAGCGCCACGAAAGCCUUCGUUGAGUCUUUUGAUGAGCCGACGAGAAGCCAGAUCAUUGAUGUAUUCACCGAGGCUAUGAGAAAGGUAUUCUUCGUAGCGAUUGCAUUUGGAGGCCUGGCUUUCUUGCUGAGCUUCUUGGAAAGGGAGGUCGAACUGAGAAAGGAGCUGGAGACUGAGUUUGGGCUCGAGGAAAAGAAGAAGGCCGACGGAGAUAAAGAUGCCGUCUGA